AUGUCUCCCACCCCUACUCGACCUUUUUCACGCACACCAUCUCCUUUGUUACCCCCUCUUACCGCUUUGGGAGAGGUACCUUCCCCGGCUCCUGAGUCCGAUGGGGAGGUCGAGGCUGAUCAGCUAGCUUUCACGAUCGAGUCGCCGUCUCGUCCCCAGCUUCAGCUGUUCGAAACGGUCUUCAAUACUGGCAAAUCGCUGUCGGCCUACUGCCAGGAUGACCCUUUAUGGCCUAUUUUAGCGGAGGUAGCAUCUCCCUGUACCAAUUGUCUGAAGACCCCAGGGAAAUUCUGGGGAAGAUCCUCCGAGCUCCACGGAACUCCUGCGCAUAAAUCGACUUGGGGUAUUCCAUUGACUGCCUGGCGCGAAUACGACUCUGCCCUUCAUGCGCGUACCUCCUCCACCUCCAUCCUUCUCGAGCUGAAUAUGUUGGAUGAGCAGGACGCGGUCGAUGCUGAUCAGCAAGAGUUGCAGCAAUUUCUUACCUUGCAGCGGGACAAAGCAGCUGUUGCAGCUAAACGUAAGCGCAAUCAUUCCCCUAUGCCUGUGGCUGGUCCCUCCAGCAAGAAGAUUCGGUCGGAUGCUCCCAAAAAGUGUUCUCGUCGUAAGUCCCCUGCAGUAGAGGUGAAUGUAGAGCCUUUCCGUCGCGUUCGGUUGGUGGUUCCGCCUGUUCGCUCGGUGGCUCCUACCUCCCUUCCUGUUCCCCCUCCUGCCUCCUCUUCCUUAAUGGGGGUACUCAACAGGGAUCUGCCGAUGCAGGGUCCCAGUGAUUUGGUUCGAUUGGCGGAUGCGGCGGAAGUCCAUCCUGGUUUGGUUCAGCAAGCCGGUUCUUCCUCCCCUGCUCGAACACCCAUAAAAGGUACAGGGCAGGAUCUUCUCUCCUCGACCAUGCCUCCCAUUCUCCGUCCUGCCCUGGUACCCCGCAAUCCCGCUUCUCACCCUUAUCGUGCUGAGAAUCAGCGUCUUGCCGCUCGGGUUCGUUUGCUGGAGUCUCAGCUUGCUGAUUCACAGCGGGAGAAUUCCUCCCUGACGUCUGCUCUUCGGGAUACCUCGCAUGCUCUCGAAUCUCGACAACGGGAGGUGGAGCAAUUGAGGUCCUCCAGUCAGGAGUUCCUCCAGCGCCAGGAGGAGUAUCGUCACAUCAUCGACCAGUUUAAUACCCUGGAUAGGGCUCUUUCGGGACCGUCUGACCAGAGUCUUCUAGAGCGUUUCCAAAAAGUGGAGGAAGAACUUCGUAUCACCAAGAAGGAUCGGGAUGACGCAACGGGGAAGCUUUCCACUUCCUCCCAUAGGAUUUCCGAGUUGACGACUGCUCUGCUGUAUCAACACGGUAUUACGGAUGAGGGCAAUGCCCUUUCGACUCGCCAACGUGCUCGUUUGGAGGAGCUUCAGGAGGAGGUCCAUCGCACUCGUGGUCGUGCUGCUUUCGUCGAGCGUAUGAUUAAAGAGUAUCCCGAUAAGGGCUAUUACGAGGUGGUCCUCCCUCCUCUCUCACAACUCGAAGGGGACCUCGUCAAGGUUCGGGCGGACCUUCGUCGUGUUGCUACUCUCGCCCACCGCCUCUAUCGCUCUGAUCCUGCCACCGUACUUCACCAUCACAACCGUUACAUUGGUGUGAUCAUUGAAGCGGUCGUUGCCUUCCUUUGUCGUGCUCUGGAAACCGAGGAUCCCGACGUUAUGGAGCACAACAUCCGGCUGGCCUUGGAUUAUAUGCAAACGGCGCGUGGUGUUCAUGGGGACCUCCACAUACGGUCCCUUAGCUGCAUCCAGUGGUUCUUUAACAACGCUGUCGACCGAGACGAGGGUCUUUACACCCUGAUGUUGGAGAACUCCCGUUUUGACAGUGAUCGUCCCUUUUUGACUGCUGCUCAACACGCCGGAUUCACUAGCCCCCCUUCCGACUCGUUGGAACCUCCCCUUCAUCGCCGUAUGUUAUCUUUGUCAACGGCUCUCCCUCACCGAGGGGGUGCGGGACGGUGGGACGAUCUGGUUCCUGCGAUCCCCAGUGACGACCAAUUGACGCUGGACUGGGAGCAAUUAAUGUUGCAGUACAUGCACCACAUCACCGACACCCCGCUGCCUGUUCCUGAUCCUCCAGUCCCCAUGUCAUCAAUGGGGCCAGUUCCCGAGUCGUCAGGCGAGGCAACCGUCGAGCAGUCCGUUGAAGCGCCGAUUGUCCAGGUGUCCUCUCCCUCUGCUGGUUCCCAUCCCCCAGUCCCUCUGUUCCUGUCGGAGCAGGAGUCGCCGACCUCCCCUUCUCCUCCUCCUCGUUCCCCAGUUCUGCCCCUCCUUUUUGGGUCCGUUGGACUGGUCGCUAAUGCUAGAUCUUGA